GGUAGCCCACAGCAGUGGAGGAUGGUCUCUCGAUUGCCAAAACGCCCAUAACGUUCAGCAUCACAUUUAGGAGUCUUUAGUUGGGUCAGCGGCACGUCGUCGUUCGACUGAUAUCACAGAACCCGUAGUUAGUGACGGACUGAACAAAAAUCAGCGGAUAUAUCGACGGGUGAACGCGCGGAAUAAUGAACGAAUGAAGCAAGAACAAUGGCUAACCUGACAGUCCCAAAACACAGCGGCUAACACAGACUGAGGCAGACAGUGAGGGAGGGACAGAGGGAGGAGAAGGGUAAGAGCUGAGGUAGAAAACAGCUGACUGAUAAAGAUGCAAUAAAAACAAAUAGUCACUUAAACGGUGAAGAGAGUCAACGAUAUAGCCAUAUAACACCGCGACGUCUAGAAGAAGGUCGCGCAAAUGUAGGAAGAGUAAAUAAAUAAAUAAGAGCGCGUGAGCGUCAUCCGCAGUGUGUAGCAUCUACAUCCACUUGCACCACCUGAAGACAACGACCGACACUGACUGCUGGGAAAUAAAGAAACGGGAAAAACACGAGAAAUCAGCGGAGAGGAAGGGCGACGGGGAAAAUCAGCGAGACUGUCAACGUCCUUGUGAUACAGAAGUAAUUGAACAGCGGUUUCUUGUAGUAUUUGAGGCGAGGAGGUAGAAGGGGGUCUCAGUGCUGCAGCGGCCGCCGUGAUGCUCUACACAUGUAGGCACGUUUGAAGCAGUUCAUCCCCGCCCUGUGUGGAUCUGACCGAACCGAACCGACUGUACGGUAACGGAUUUUAGUAGGGGGACGCCGGAGGGCUCUGAAAAGGACUUGAGGCGCAGAACUGGUGACUGGUAAUAUGACGAAAACCUUUAAUUAGCCUAAUAAGUGAUGCAUUUGUACCUGUGUGGAGGAGAUAAAUGAUUUAAUCGCUCGUUUGUUUCUCUAACAUGGAUUGAUUUACCUAUGAUCUCUGUAUAGAAUGCUUACUACACCCGAGUUUUAAUACGGUACCGAUUUAUGCCUCUAGCCUAUAAAUAUUUAAAUAAAGACCAAAUUUAGGCCGAUGACUUUCUGAUGACGACAGUAGGCUACGGCAGCGGUGUCUUUAUUGUAGAAAUGUAUGUUCACUUCAAUAUCUCUUGAUGAAGAAAUAGACAAUUACAUCCAUCCUUGUGCUUAUUUCCGAGUCUAAUCUCGUUUUUUAAUGUAACACGGGCGAGAGACGCGUCAAAUUGAACCCCGAGAUUUUACUCCACCAUCCCUCUGUCUACAUUUUUAACCAGGCUUGAUGAUUUCUCUUUUUAGUCGAUCCCUGCUUUUUGAUUUUACUUUUUAAAUCCAAGAAGAAAUAAACAAUUGACUUAGGAGCCUGCUCUCGCCGUUGGCUUCCUUUCUCGAACUAUCUUCUGCCGAGCACCACCUUUGAAGCGAUGGAGACCCCUACGAAGCUACCUCCGUCGAGCCCAUCAUCGCCGACCACAGGCUUCUCUGUACCGAGCGCGGAGAAGGUAGACGGCUUCCCCCGCCGCUCGAUGCGCCGUGCCCGGCAGCGACGGUCCCACAGCUCCUCACAGUUCCGCUAUCAGAGCUCCCAGGUGGAGCUCACCCCGCUGCCUUUACUUAAAGAUGCUCCAGUGGCAGAACUUCAUGACUUGUUCUGUAAGAAGCUGCAGCAGUGUUGUGUGCUUUUUGACUUUCUGGACUGUGUGGCCGACCUGAAGGGGAAAGAGAUCAAACGUGCUGCGCUGAACGAGCUUGUUGAGAGCGUGGCUACCAGUCGCGGAGUCCUCAUCGAACCCCUGUACCCAGAGGCUAUUAAGAUGAUCUCAGUGAACAUUUUUCGAACUCUCCCACCGAGUGAAAACCCUGAGUUUGAUCCGGAGGAGGAUGAACCAGCUCUGGAAGCCUCCUGGCCUCACUUACAGUUGGUGUAUGAAUUCUUUUUACGCUUUCUUGAGAGUCCAGAUUUCCAGCCUUCUCUUGCCAAGCGCUACGUGGAUCAGAAGUUUGUUCUACAGCUGCUGGAGUUAUUUGACAGCGAGGACCCCAGAGAGAGAGAAUAUCUGAAGACUAUCCUGCACCGUGUCUAUGGCAAACUUCUGGGCUUGAGGGCCUACAUCCGUAAACAGAUCAACAACAUCUUCCUCAGGUUCAUCUAUGAAACUGAGCGUUUUAAUGGAGUUGCUGAACUUCUGGAAAUUUUGGGAAGUAUCAUAAAUGGCUUUGCUCUGCCUCUCAAAUCAGAGCACAAGCAGUUCCUGGUGAGGGUCCUGAUCCCCCUGCACACUGCCAAGUCUCUCUCCAUUUUUCAUGCACAGCUGGCUUACUGUGUGGUGCAAUUCAUGGAGAAGGAUGCCACAGUUACAGAGCAUAUCAUCCGGGGGCUGCUGAGAUACUGGCCCAAGACAUGCACUCAGAAAGAGGUGAUGUUCCUGGGGGAGAUCGAGGAGAUUCUGGACGUGAUUGAACCAUCUCAGUUUAUCCGUGUGCAGGAGCCUCUGUUCAAACAGAUUGCUGCAUGUAUCUCCAGCCCUCAUUUCCAGGUUGCAGAGCGGGCUCUGUAUUUCUGGAAUAAUGAGUACAUUCUGAGUCUAAUAGAGGAGAACUGCCAGGUCAUCCUGCCUCUGGUCUUUGGCACGCUGUACAGAGUUUCCAAAGAGCACUGGAACCAGACGAUCAUCUCUCUUAUUUACAAUGUGCUGAAGACGUUCAUGGAGAUGAACAGCAAGCUUUUUGAUGAUCUCACUGCCUCCUACAAAGUGGAGAAACAGAAAGAGCUGAAGAAGGAGAAGGAGCGAGCUGAGCUGUGGAGGAGUUUGGAGGAUCAGCACGAGAGACGGCUGCAGAGUUUGGCUGAGGCUAGCAGAAACCAGAAGAACCUCCAGGAGAGAGAGAACACAACCAAGAGCCAGUCAGAGACCAGCGCUGCCAACACCACCUAGAAACCACACACACACACACACACACACACACACACACACAAAAUAUCACAGCACUGUAAAACACAGUAAUUACCUGACUUGGGAACCAAUCAAUGCCUCAAUCUCCGUCUGAAAACACACGCACACCAUGCAGACACUAACGUCACAAGCACAUGAACGACAGCCUGUCCAUAUGUAGAUAUCUGAAAAACACUGAAGCACACAUCACACACAGCGAGUGAGAUAUAAAAGAGAAAAAAAUGUGUAACACUCACCUGCGUCAUACUAUUUCAUAUGCCUCAUACACGCUUUUCACAUACCUGCUUCUCUGCAUCUUUUCUUUCUAUUCCUACACGAACCGGGAUCAUCAACCUUACCAUGCGAAACAUACCUGCAUGGGGUGACAAACAUGCACACACUCGCAAUCAAACACAUCCUUCAUUACUGUCGUUCCAGAACUGGCUCUGUUUCUCUCGGGCCCGAUCCGAGCCCCCCGUCAGUCCACCCAACAGACUCUGCAUACUGUCAAACACUGAAGAGGAAUGAAUUAUGAUGAUCCUGAAGAUGAAAUUUCUUUAAAAGUACAGAUUCUAAUGUUCCUACUUCUACAGCUUAUUCUCGAAGUACUACUUCUAUGCUAAUAUAUCUGAUGUUUUUAUAUAUAUAUAUAUGAAAAUAUGAUAUCUAUGUCUGAUUAUAGUGUUGGUGGGGGUAUUCUAGUGUAGCACCUCAUAAACAUGACUGAAGUAUGCUGCUAGGUAAAACUAAACUUGCUCUGAAAAGACAACACUUUAGUCUGUUCUUAUGUGUUUUUUAUUCUCUCAUUCAGAAUAUUUUAAUUUCGCAAUAUUCUCAACUGUUUUGAAAAAUGUGUGUUCCGCAAUUUUUAUUUUAUUUUAUUAUUAUUUAUUUAUUUUAAAUCAAAUUGCUUGCAAACAUUCUCUUUGUAUUUCAGUACAGAGGACAGACUCUUCUUUUUGUCUUGAUUUUGGUGUUUUUUGUUGCUCAUAUUUAUUGAUGUAGAGGAUUUCUGAUGGCAAGGAACUGCGUGUGUAGGCAUAUUGAGAAAGCUUAAGAAGAAUCUGAUGCACAAGUGUGUGAGUGUGUGUGGAUGUUGUAGAGAAGUUUAUUACAGUUUAGAAGACGACAGGGAUUAGAUCAGAAUGUACCAUUCACUUCGAGUGUGUCAACGCUCAAAUGAACUGCCAUUGUUGAUUAUUGCUUUACAGUAGUCUGUCUUAUUGAGAAAAAGGUGAGAAAAGCAUACACUCUUGUUCUUGUUAAAAAGAAAGCACCCGGAUGGACUUCCUUUUGUUUGAGAAAACUGGUAUUUGCAGAAACACCACAUUUCAUGGGAAAAAAAUGGAAAAGAAAAAUGAAAUAGAAUAGAAACGGCAAUAAAUAUGGACUGAUAUUGUAUGCAUACGUAGCAUCACUUAAACUAGAGUUGCACUGUCCUUUUGAUCAAAGUCUUGUGUUUAAAGAUAGCAUUGUAUUUUGGGGAGACAAGCGGCUUUGGGAUCUGAAUGUAUAAAAGUGGGAUGUAAACAUGAAAACUUGUGUUGAAUAACUCAGCAUCAUGAACACAUUUGUCAUCAUUAUUCUCACUCAAAACCUUUGAAACAUCUUGGGUUUUUAGCUCACUUAGUAGCCUACCGUAUUUAUACGUUUUAUUUUACUUCUGAAAGUUGUUGUUGAUUCAAAGCUGUCCAUUUAGUUUUAGUCAGGCUGAAAACGUUCACAAUCACAUCAUUGACAUGAAGCUGAAGUCAUUCGGUUCAUUCCUAAAACAUGAGCAGAUGUUUAAAACGUGAUUGGCUAAGUUUGCAUAGUAUUUUGUAAUUUUCCGGUUAAGAUAAAUGGUAAUUAUAAUUACAGUGAUGUCAGAUUGUCCUAUUAAAAAAGAAACGGCUUUAAAACAACAAGGCAUUCGGUGAUACGACAUGGUUUGCUAAUUUUCUUCCUAAAAGCUUCUGGAAUCUGCUUGUGGAGUCAUACAGGUGAGUUAAUCUCCUCCAGUUUCUUGUUUUAUUGCUGUUUCGUGCUUACAAUUCAGUUAAUUCAGAUUAUAUAUUUAACAGUCUUGUCAACAGAAGUGUAGGCUAGAUCUUGAUUUCAAGUUUUAAAAAAUUCAUGGCUGGUGUAAACAGUCACAUGACCAAAGCUGUUGCAGUUUGCCCCUCUGUUGUCCUUCAGAAAGAACGACCUUAUUUUAUACAUACAGGGUCAUAUUUAAAAUGUCUAGAAUGAAUAAGGCUGUUCUGUCUGACACUAUAAAACUGUACAUUUACAAAUAUUGUU